UACUUCUCCGUUUGAGAUACAAAUAAGAAAGAAAUAUUGCAUAUAUAAAUCAGUAGAGAAAUAUCCUAACAAGAACGAAAAGUGCUCGAUCUACAGGAUUUGUGUAUUUAAAGGAAAUGUAAAUAUGAAAAUAUUCUAAACAAUAUGAUACUAGACAAACUAUCUGCACACUUUUGCAAGUUGCUUAUUUGGUGUACUUUGUGCCUGAUGUCAGGGGUUUUCUGCCAGAUUGUUAAAUUAACACCUGAAGUAGCAGAAGUUAUAGAGAACGGAAGUGUUUCAUUAACGUGUGGGUAUAAUGGUACAGAAGAGGUAACAAGCUCAAGAUGGAUAUAUUCUGCUGCAUCUACUAACCCUGUUAUAGUCCAGGUUGAUGGAAAGUGUGUUGCUGCUGGCUUUUUAAACAAUACGAAUCUAUAUAAAUGGACAUGCCACGGAAACAACUCAUUUUCUUUAACAUUGAAAAAAGUCGAACGACAAAAUCAUGGCGAAGCAUGGAGCUGUCGGCAAACAAAUAUUGAGAGCAAUACGGUUUCAGUCUAUGUAAAAGUACCAGUUAACGAAGCUGAAAUCACUACACCUAAGAGGAAUGUAACAACACUGUCAGAAAACUCGAAUGGAACAUUCAUUUGCACGACAUCCCCAGCAAGACCGGCGGCGACAGUCACAUGGUUCCUGGAUAAAAGUACAGCUCAACUGGACAGAAUACAAAUUUUACAAAAUGUGUCACAGUUCAACACAACAAAUAAUGAAGGACUAAUGUAUACAACUGGAAGGUUGGUGUACGUACCAACUAGAAAAGUGAAUGGAUGGCUUUUGUACUGCAAUGCAAACAACUUACAUAAUCAAAAGGUGGAAUCGAAUAGGGUAUUACUGAACAUUACUCAUCCACCUGAUAGUCCACCAGACAUUCGAGGUUUUCAAAACAACAGCAUGUACCGAGUGAUAGAGAACACUGUGGGACAACUGUCUUGUUCUGUAGCUGGUGGUAAUCCGUUGUCAACCAUAAGCUGGGAAUGCUUUAACGAAACAUGGGAAAUCUCAUCUGAAGGAGAAACCGUCACAGCUGAAGUUACAUGGACUGCCUCUAGAAAUCAGACGGGUCCGUGCUUAUGCAGUUCAAUGCACAUUGAAUCUGGAAGUGAGCUUGUAGUCGUUUAUGUGGACGUGUUGUAUCCACCGCCAAGUCCAACUAUAGAAGUAAGUAAUGUCACUGUUCCUUCUUCUGGAAACAUAAGAAUCAUCAGACAUAAUACCUUAUCUAUAAGUUGUAACAGUUCAAGUAAUCCAACACCAAGUUUCGAAUGGACAAUGCCAGAUGGGACAAUCAGUCAAGGUCAAAAGUUAACUGUUGCCAACGUCCAGACGAGUAAUGAGGGGCGUUACCUUUGCACAGCGAAAAAUGCAAUGAAUGCUUCAGGUGGUGAUAUUGUUACGGCUACUAAUAUCUCCUAUGUGGACAUGAAAUUGUUAUAUCCACCGACAACGCCAUUAUUUCGAUAUAGAAACCUCAGCGGUCCUCUUAUUGGUAACAUGUCUAUGGAUAUGGUUCUUGGUGAUACGUUUACUGUAGCAUGUUGUUCAAACGGACAACCCCAGCCCGACUACAGCUGGAGUAACCAGACAGAACAAAGUCAAAUAUUAAUAGUUACGUCGUUAUCAAGUGAUAUUGCAAGAACAUGUAUAGCAACAAAUGUAAUGAACGAAACAACUGGAGAAAACCGGGAAGGACAGGCAAAAGCGGCGCUUUCAGUAUUUGUACUAUAUCCACCUAUUGCACCGAUAAUACGAUUUUUAAUGGAUGCCAGUAACUAUAUCGAUGUAACGGACAUGAUCAGUGUAAUCGAACAAAGUUCGUUUACGUUAUCAUGUAACACAUUGAGCAAACCAAAGUCAUCCUAUUCUUGGUACGGUCCAUUGACGUCGACCUCAUCAGAGUUAAUUCUUCAAAAUAUUAAAAGACAACACACAGGAAGAUACAGUUGUCAUGCAUUUAAUACGAUGAAGCGGAGCUUUGGUAUCACGGAAAGAGGGGAAAAUAAUACAAGCGUGCAUAUGAAUAUAUUAUAUAAGCCUGGAAUAGGCAGUCUUCAAAAUCAAACUGUAAUUGAGGGUGCUUCUCUGAAUAUAACUUGCCCAGUUUUACACGGUAAUCCGGAUGUUCUGGCAGUUCAUUGGACAAGGGAUGGUGACGAUAGAUUAUGGCAUAAACAGCACUUAGUUAUUCAGACAGUUUUACGUAAUGACUCGAUGAUGUACACGUGUACAGUAAACAAUACUAUGGAACCAACUGUAGGGGAUCUUACAGACGGACGAACAAGCAAACAGUUUCACCUAAAUGUUCUAUAUAAGGCAAGUGUGGUAGAUUUCUCCGUGGAUGGAUAUCACGGGCAUAACCCUGUAACUAUAGACGAGAAUACAACUGUUAAAUUUAGAUGUAACAUCGACAGUAACCCGAAGUCAACUAUAACUAUAUAUUUCAUGGACCUUAUCUUAAAGACGACCGAGGAUGAUGCGCUAGCACUUGUAUAUAUGCGUCAGUUUGCCGGAUGUCUUCAUGCUGGAGUAUAUGUAUGUACAGGAAUGAAUGAAUAUAAUUAUGUAGAGCCGUCUAAGAAAUAUCUCACCUUGAAUGUCAAAUGUUUCCCUCGUCCAUCACCGACAGUAAAGAUACAAGAUAGAAUAUUUACUGCUGAACAAGUUCCUGUUACCCUGAGUUUCACAGCAUUAGCCUACCCUGUACCAGAUAUUUCUGAUUACAAAUGGCGGAGAUAUGUUGGGUCUGUGUGGAUAUCUUUAGCAACCAGUGACAACAUUGUUAUCAAUACAUCUGGACUACAGUCAAAUCUUACAAUUACUGAGGUCGGACAAUCGGACUAAUGGACGUAUCGUCUUGAGAUUGAAAACCCCAUUGGAAUCUUUGAGCAAAUAUUUACAGUUGGACCCGAAG